CAAAGAAUACAAGGAUGAACUUCCUUAAAUAGGGCUCAAAUAUCUGGUUCAUUAGAGAUUAGAAAGUGGCUGGGGCAUUAGUGAGCCCAAAGGGCAUCACCAAGAACUCAAAAUGACCAUGGUGUGUGCGGAAGGCCGUUUUGUGGAUAUCCUCGGGCUUCAUCCUUAUUUGGUGAUAGCCUGAGCGCAAGUCUAACUUGGAAAAGAACUUGGCCUGGUGUAAUUCAUCCAUAAGGUCUUCAACAAGGGGAAUGGGAAACUUGUCUUUGAUGGUUAGGGAGUUAAGUUGGCGAUAAUCUACACAAAAACGCCAAGUGCCAUCUUUUUUCUUUACCAAUAGGACAGGGGAAGCAAAUGGGCUUUGACUUGGUCUAAUGAAGGAUUGGCUCAACAUCUCUUUUACCAUUCUUUCGAUUUCAGUUUUUUGGAUGGGAGGAUAACGGUAGGAUCUGACAUUGAUAGGCUCCACAUUUGGUUUUAGGUUAAUGGCAUGGUCCAAAGUUCGGUUAGGAGGAAGGGUCUUAGGUUCCACAAAGAGGUCCUUAAAGUCUGCUAACAAUUUAUCAAUAAAGGGUAAUGUGCAUACCUGGUCGUCACUCCUACGCUGAUGAUGGACAGUGAGUCGCAACUCCCCUUGCCCCCCUACAUCAGGAAGCUCUUCCACUGCCACAAUGGAGAACAGUUGUGUGAACUGAUUCCAUUUGCUCUUGAGGAUUCUUUGCAGCCUCUUACCCGUGAUCAUCUUGCAGGUCGCAACCUCUUGUCCGCUGUUUGCGAGAAAGAGCUCAGGUUGAACAACUUCUUCGUUAUAUAGUGGAAGACACUCCUGAGAAUGCUGAGAAAAAACACACUUUUAGGUUUCCAUUUAUUGCUUGUGAAAUUUUUACAUGUGAAGUUGAUAUCAUACUCAAAGCAUUGGUAGAGGAUGAGGAGUUGAUGAAUUUUUUGUUCUCCUUCGUAGAACCUGAACAUUCUCAUAGUACUCAACUGGCUGGUUACUUCAGCAAGGUCGUCAUCUGCCUGCUGUUGCGGAAGACCGUUCCUUUUAUGAAUUAUAUUCAAGCUCAUAAGGAUAUUAUCAAGAAGCUGGUUGACCUUAUUGGAAUAACAUCCAUUAUGGAGGUUUUAAUUCGUCUAAUUGGUGCUGAUGAGCAUCUAUAUACCAAUUAUACGGAUUCGAUGCAGUGGUUAGAAGAUGUAGAGGUGCUGGAGAUGAUUGCAGAUAAGUUCAGCUCAUCAGAUUGCCCAGAAGUGCAUGCAAAUGCAGCAGAAACACUUUGUACCAUAACUCGAAGUGCUCCCUCUGGCCUGACUGCUAAAAUCUCCAGCCCAAGUUUUAUUGGAAGACUAUUCCGUCAUGCUCUCGAGGAGUCACGACCUAAAUCUGUUUUGGUCAACUCAUUGUCCAUUUGCAUAUCUUUGUUAGACCCCAAGAGGCCAACCUUGGGGGCAUAUCAUAUGUACAGUCGUCAACCAACUCAUGGAUCUUCAAUAACUACUAAUCCCGAGACAGUAGAUGGCAUGCUGGAGAGCCUAGGUCAUUUGCUUAAGCUUUUGGAUGUUUCAUCUGAGGAAAACGUUUUACUUACUACGUAUGGCAAGUUGCAGCCACCCCUUGGAAAACAUCGUCUGAAGAUCACAGAGUUCAUCUCUGUCUUGGUAACCGUUAGUAGUGAAACUGUUGAGAAAGAAUUGAUCAGCCUUGGCGCAUUAAAACGCAUUCUAAACUUGUUUUUUGAGUACCCUUACAAUAAUUUCCUGCAUCAUCAUGUAGAGCACAUCAUAAUCUCUUGCUUGGAGAGCAAGAAUGCUUCUUUGAUUGAACAUCUUCUUCAUGAGUGUAAUCUUGUCGGUAAAAUUCUUGAAGCAGAAAAUAAUUUCAAAUUGGUUGCUGAUCCCGACAAGCCUACAGUCCCUGCUGAUGGUAAAUCACCACCCAAGAUAGGGAAUAUUGGGCACUUGACUCACAUAUGUAACAAACUUAUUCAAGCUGGGAACAACAGCAGUUACAUUCAAGCAUAUCUACAGGAGAAUCGUGAAUGGGUGGACUGGCACACAAAUGUUCUAGUCAAGCGCAACAGUGUGGAAAAUGUUCACCAGUGGGCCUGCGGGAGGCCAACAGCUCUACAUGAUCGGACUAAGGACAGUGAUGAUGAUGAUUACCAAGAUAGAGAUUAUGAUGUGGCAGCUCUAGCAAAUAACUUAAGCCAGGCCUUUCAAUACGGCAUUUAUAGCAAUGAUGAUAUUACAGAGGCUCAUGGUUCACUUGAGCGAGAUGAUGAGGAUGUCUAUUUUGAUGAUGAAUCUGCUGAGGUUGUCAUAUCUUCUCUUCGUCUGGGAGAUGACCAGGAAAGUGGUUCCCUCUUUACAAAUUCCAACUGGUUCGCCUUUGAGGAUGACAAAGUAGGUAAUGAACGCUCAGCCGACUCCAUUGCUUCUCCAUCAACGAAAGCUGAACGGACCAAAGUUGUUAAUAGCUCUGGUGAUGAUGAGGUGGUGGUCAAUGAAGAAGUGGAGUUAGCUGACACUGCAACAUCUCUAGUGCCUGCACAAAAGCUAAGUUCAGAAGAUCCCAUGCUAAAUAAAUCGUCAGAGGAAUCGAACAGGACUGAAGCCAAAGAAAGUGAUAAGCCACCUGAGUGGGUUGAAUGGAGGGAAACAUUAAAUUCAGCUGAGCCAUCUGCUGCUGAUAGGCCUUCAGUUUUACCAAAUGGUGAGCUCCAAGUGGAAUUAGAUCCUCGGGUUGAUAAUUUGGAUCCACGUGCUGCUGCCAAUCCUUCGCCACCAUCAACUGAUGCAUCCGUAGAUGAGGGUAAAACUAUUGUUGGGGGAUCAGCAAGUCAGGAAAAGGCUCCAAUUCCGCAGUCUUCCCAGCCAUUAGAGUCAGGCAACUAGAAUCAAAGCUGCGACACAAGAGCCCUGGAUGUGGUUAAAAGCCUACUGAAAAAGAAUUCUCUUCUGGAGCUGCAGAGCAGGAAGGAAAGUUGAAGUGGGAAAAAAUUGGAUGUAUAUUUAUCGGUUUGAGGGAGCCUAACUAAUGCAGGUGCCAUGGAUAUGGUUGCGAGACUGUCAUCGCCGGUUGGGUGGUGGAAGAGAGGUAAAUUUAGAGCCUGCUGUACAUUAUGGGGCUUAAUUGCCAAAUAAGGCUGAUCAUUCUUUGCCAAAUGAGUGCUCAGCCUCUCUCUGCACCGAGGAAAAGAAGGGCGUAUUCCGUUUUAACCUCUUCUUUUUUUUUUUUUUUUCUUGAUUCUUUAGGUUGGGAUGUAAUGCAAAACUCCUAUAUUAUUUGUAUGAUUUGGCCUCUGCUGCCAAAGUGAAUCACAAACUGAUGAUGGGUAAAUGCAUGUUUUCUGAUGAA